AUGGAAGGAAAAGAUUCGCUUGCAAAUGGAAACUCAUCGGCAAAGUUUCAACAUGAAAUGGAAAAAGGGCAGCAUUGUGAUCCUUUUGAAACGUCACUGGUCCCAAGUACAAGCAAUUUGGAUGGGCCCUUCAUGAUGCCCCUUUUACCGGUUCCAAAUGCGUCACAGUCUAAUUCAAAGGCAUCUGUUAUCUUGACUGGAACAGCUACAAGAGGGGGAACUGUACCAGCUGUUGGAGCUGUGGACAUUGGUGUUAGCAAAUCUGCCUAUUUUUUUCAAGUUGCUCUGCCUGGGGUCAGAAAGGAUCCUGGUCAGUUCAGCUAUGAGAUUGAACGUGAUGGGAAGGUCCAUGUACGGGGUGUGACAUCAACUGGUGGUAAAACUGUUUUGAGACAUUCCCGCAUUUAUGAAAUGAAAUUUCAGCAACAAUGCCCACCCGGUCCAUUCACACUUUCCUUCAGUCUGCCAGGACCUGUUGAUCCAAGGCUUUUUUCACCCCACUUCAGAUCUGAUGGUAUUCUUGAAGCUGUCGUCCUGAAAUACGAGUAA